AUGAGACGAAGGUCUACGACUUCGCCUUCCGAAGCUCCGAGGGCCAGCUCAUCAACGACAACCUCUCGCUGGUGUUGGACAUCAGGGACGAGCCUGAAGAGCGCCGAGCGCCGGCGCAUCCCAAUCUGGGUAUCUUCCCUGGGGCACACACCCGGAA